CCUUCUUAUAAUUGCUUUUUCUUUCUUAUUUCAAGUACCCUAAAAAGAGGCAGAAACACAAACAUAUACACAUAAAAUUAAAUACACAUUUUCCUGAAUAAUUAUUUUUGUAGGUAUUUUUUUUUAGAAAAUUUGUUGGGUGUUUUAUACUAGCUAGUAUCAAUGGCUGGUAUGUUACCUGGAGUUGAAUGUGCUAGAAGAAGAAGGUUUCAUCAAAGCAGUGAUGCAGUGACUGCCACCGCCUCCUACGGUGGCUCCGGCUCUACAAGAAGGUCAUCCUUUUGCUUGUAUACUAGCAACCAUGAUACAGCUUCUCAUAACUCAACUCUGCAAAGAAGCAUAUUAAAGAAAGUAUACGAAGAUGAGAAGCUUGGAGGAGUCGCAAGACAAGCCAAGGAGAGACUGGAUGAGAGAUUAAGAACACAAAGGACAUCAUCAUCCAAAAGCUUUGGAAGCUUAAAGGGUACAGCAGAAGGAAGGGCAACAGGGGGAGAGUUGCAAACAGAGGUUUAUGGAUUAAAGAAGAGUAAUAAUAGUAGUAAUAGUUUUGGGUCAAGAAGAUUUAGUUGGGGAAAAUUGAGUUGGAAAUCAGGUGAGCAAGAUGAGUGCACCAUUUGUCUUGAAAGGUUCAAGUCUGGAGAGACCCUGGUGCACCUACCUUGUGCUCAUAAGUUCCACUGCAAGUGCUUGGUUCCAUGGCUAGAGACCAGUGUUCAUUGCCCUUGUUGUCGAUUGGAAAUUCAUGUCGAUUUUUCAUAGUCCAAAAUUGAUUCAUUUUUUCUUUAGUAUCCUUUUCGGUGUUGAAUAAGAUUGUCUUGAGUUCUCGUUGGUAUAUAUGUAUAUUUACAUUCGAGUCGGAUGAUUUUGAUUAGAUUGGACCAUUGGCGGAGUAAUUAACAAGCGGGUUCGUGCAUCCGCCCUGGUCGAAAUUGAUUGGAGAUAUAACGUGUUUUUUUCAAAAAAUAAUCUGAGUUCCGUCAUGGUUGAUAUGAAGAAAUUGUAUGUUAUAAUUUUAUCUUUUAUAGUUCGCCUUUUCUAAUAAAGUUUUUUGACUA